AAGCUUUUACUCCCCAUAUAAUCAAGCUCCUUCCCUUACUCUCCCUCUCCCACUCCCCACAAAAUCCCAUCUUUGAAGCUUUCUUCAACGCUCAGCAAUGGCAGCAGAAAUGGCCCUUGUAAAACCCAUCUCCAAAUUUACCAAUCUGUCCCCCAAGUUCAGCAACCCAAAGGGUUUCUGUUACUCCAAGUUUUCCACCAUUAGAAUGUCAGCCACCACUCAGCCUUCCACCAACAAACCCAGCAAGAAGAAAGCUGCAAAAACUACUGCAAUCAAAGAGACCCUUUUGACCCCAAGGUUUUAUACCACCGAUUUCGAUGAAAUGGAGAUGCUUUUCAAUACUGAGAUAAACAAGAACCUGAACCAGGAUGAGUUUGUGGCUCUGCUUCAGGAGUUCAAGACUGAUUACAAUCAGACCCAUUUUGUGAGGAACAAGGAAUUCAAGGAGGCCGCUGAUAAAAUGCAAGGACCCUUGAGGCAAAUCUUUGUGGAGUUCUUGGAGAGGUCCUGCACUGCUGAGUUCUCUGGUUUCCUUCUUUACAAAGAGCUUGGAAGAAGGCUUAAGAAAACCAACCCAGUGGUAGCUGAGAUUUUCUCUCUCAUGUCCAGAGAUGAAGCCAGGCACGCUGGGUUUCUGAACAAGGGUUUAUCUGAUUUCAAUUUGGCACUGGACUUGGGGUUCCUGACAAAGGCUAGAAAGUACACAUUUUUCAAGCCAAAGUUCAUUUUCUAUGCUACAUAUUUGUCUGAGAAGAUUGGAUACUGGAGAUACAUAACCAUAUACAGACAUCUCAAGGCCAAUCCUGAGUUCCAGUGUUAUCCCAUUUUUGAGUUCUUCGAGAACUGGUGUCAGGAUGAGAACAGGCAUGGUGAUUUCUUUUCAGCACUGAUGAAGGCCCAACCUCAAUUCCUUAAUGACUGGAAGGCAAAGCUGUGGGCACGAUUCUUCUGCUUAUCGGUAUACGUGACAAUGUAUCUCAAUGAUUGCCAGCGAACUGCUUUCUACGAAGGAAUUGGACUCAACACAAAAGAAUUUGACAUGCAUGUUAUCAUUGAGACAAACCGAACAACAGCUAGGAUUUUCCCAGCUGUGCUGGAUGUUGAGAACCCAGAAUUCAAGAGGAAAUUGGACAGAAUGGUAGAGAUUAACGAGAAGCUGAUUGCUGUUGGAGAGAGCGAGGAUAUCCCAUUAGUGAAAAACUUAAAGAGGAUCCCAAUUAUUGCUGCAUUGGUCUCUGAGCUGCUAGCGGCCUAUCUAAUGCCACCAAUUGAGUCGGGAUCUGUCGAUUUUGCAGAGUCUGAACCACAACUAGUUUACUGAUUUUUUUUAUUUUUAUUUUUUGGGUAACUUCUUGCUCAUCCCAUGUCACCUUCAAUUUACGCAAUGUUAGGACCAACUCUGUAUGAAACAGUAGCAAAGUGUUAUGAUGAGUCUGCUUGUAUUCUUGUAAUGAUUGAACAAAUUCAUAUGCAUAUGAACCUAUUCAUGUAUGUUUUCCACAUUAUGUGAUCAAUUUUAGUGCUCUCCUGGUUUAUAGCUCA